AAGUCCUCCUUCACUCCACACACGCUUCUAAGCCUCGGCACAUCUCCUCACAUCGCUACUAACUACACUUUAUUCAUCCUCCGUGUCAGGAUAAACUCCACUCGUCUCAGUCAACUUUGGACAUUAUUAGGCCCGCUUAGCUUGCUAGUUGUUUAAGCGCGCUAGUUAGCUUAGCAUGCUAGUUAGCUUAGCGUGCUAGUUAGCUUAGCUUGUUAGCUGCUAACAAAGAGACGCGGAUUUGAUCAACACAUCGCUUAGUUAAGAUCAAGUGUGAGUGUAAAGUGUUGUGAUUGUGUGAAAAUGUGCGAAAGAACGACAGCAGAGUACAAAGAGGAGGAACUUUGUCCAACAAAAGAGGAGAAGGAGCGACAACAUCAACUACUGGAGGCUGUUUUCAAGAAACAUCAAGUUGUGUUACACAGAACAGACGUCUGGGAAGAACAUCUUCACCCUGAGCAACAGAAGUGGAGCUUCAGGAUGGAGCCACAGCCCUCCCACAUUAAGAAGGAAGACGAAUACCCACUGAUCCCAAAUUUUAAAAAGGAAGAGGAGGACCCAUUGACGCCCCGUUUUAAAGAGGAAGAGGAGGACCCACUGACACCCCAUUUUAAAGAGGAAGAGAUGGAUCCACUGACUUUUCACAUUAAGGACGAAGAGGAGGACCCACUGACCCCUCACAUUAAAGAGGAAGAGGAGGAACACAGCAUCAGUCAGCAGGGAGAGCAUCUUGAAGGACUGGAGGAGGUUGAUGUCACCAAGAUGCCAGUGACUGGUGUCCCUGUGAAGAGUGAAGGUGAUGAGGUCAAAGGUGAGAGUGAGGAGAAGAGAGAGGCGGAGCCUCCAAGCAGCAGCUCAACUCAACACAUGACAACAGAAGCUGAUGGAGACCACUGUGGAGGAUCACAAGCAGACAAGCUCUUAGCUCCACUAUCAGAUAGUGAGGACACAACGUCACACUCUCCUGACACUGAUGAUGAAGACUCUAAAGAUGAUAAGACAUGUCACACUGACAACACACACCUGAGGUGUUCCCACUGUGACAAAACGUUCAAACGCCUUAGUAGUCUUAAAAGACACAUGAGAACACACACUGGAGAAAAACCAUUUUCAUGCUCAAUCUGUGGUAAAGGUUUUACUCAUAGUGAUUAUUUGAAAAUACACAUGAGAACACACACUGGAGAAAGACCUUUUUCAUGUUCAAUCUGCGGUAAAGGUUUUACUCAAAGGCCCCAUUUCAAAGCACACAUGAGAACACACACCGGAGAAAAACCUUUUUCAUGUUCAAUCUGCGGUAAAGAUCUUACUCGAAGGGACCAUUUCAAAGCACACAUGAGAAUACACACUGGAGAAAAACCCUUUUCCUGCUCCGAAUGUGGUAAAAGUUUUGUAAUAAAUCAAAGUUUAAAAACACACAUGAGAAUACACACUGGAGAAAAACCUUUUUCCUGCUCAGAAUGUGGUAAAAGUUUUGUAAUAAAUCAAAGUUUAAAAAUACACAUAAGAACACACACUGGUGAAAAACCUUUUAUAUGUUCAGUAUGUGGUAACGGUUAUAAAGAAAGACAGCAAUUAAAAUCACACAUGAGAACGCACUCUGGUGAAAAACCAUACUCCUGUUCAAGCUGCAACAAAAGCUUUCGUCACCUAGACACUCUUACAGCACACAUGAGAAGACACACAGGAAAGAAAAUAUUGAGUUGCAGUGUGUGUGGUGAAAGAUUCUCCUAUAAGUACCAGUGUAAGAAACACAAGUGUGCUGGUGAGAACAGCAGCAGCAAAUGAAGAUGCAGGAUUUGAAAUAAACUUUCUAACAACAUCAGCACAUAUAACAUGUGUGACAUCAUUGUUGUGUGUGUAACACAAUCUUGUUAAUAUGAUUCUAUCAAUUAUAGAUUAGACACUUCAGAUUAGUGCUUUUAUUUCAGUCAAGCACAUGAGUUAAUAUACACAUUUGUGUACUUUAAAAUGAACAGAACAAUUUGAUCAAAUAAACACUUAAAGGCCUACUGAAAUGCGAUUUUCUUAUUUAAACGGGGAUAGCAGGUCCAUUCUAUGUGUCAUACUUGAUCAUUUCGCGAUAUUGCCAUAUUUUUGCUGAAAGGAUUUAGUAGAGAACAUCGACGAUAAAGCCUUGCCUGUACCGGAAGUAGCAGACGAGUAGCGUGACGUCACAGGUUGUGGAGCUCCUCACAUCUGCACAUUGUUUACAAUCAUGGCCACCAGCAGCGAGAGCGAUUCGGACCGAGAAAGCGACGAUUUCCCCAUUAAUUUGAGCAAGGAUGAAAGAUUCGUGGAUGAGGAAAGUGAGAGUGAAGGACUAGAGGGCAGUGGGAGCGA